UAGAAUGGCAUCAACUCGACCAGAUAACGUCCUAGUUUGGAUGGCCAGCCGUGGAAGUUACGUUGAAAGUAUGCCAGGAACCAUCCUCCGAAUAAAAAAUGCCUCUAAAUUUGGCGAAAAUCUUUAUGGAUUCAAAGAUCAGCCUGGAGAAUUGGUAGAAGUGACAUGGGAUGCAAUGUUCAAAUUACGACCAACACUUGUUGAAGUAGACUUUGGUAGAAAUCCUUGUGACGAAUUGGUUAAAGUGAUUGAAAAAAAUUAUAAUAAUGAACAGAUCAGCCAUUUCUUCGAGAAAGUAAAAGCCCUAUCGCUUCAUAUGACAGAUAUCACAUCGGAAAGUUUACUGAAACUUAUGGAUAAAUUCACUUUACUGGCUGCAUUCUCUUUUUCUGAAACAAAAUUUUCCACACCGGAGUGGGCAACAAUUUUGAAACGAUUGUCAGAACUUAAUCUGCGCGGAAUUGAUCUUUCCGAUAAUAUUUUGAGUGAAGUUCAACAACACAUCGAUGUAUCAUUAAUGAAAUUGUCUGGAAAUCCUGGAGUUGAUGUUAAUGAGUUCAAAAAAGGAAUCGAAUUUGUGACAGUGAAAGUUCUAGCGGUUCAAGAGCUGAAAUUCCUGGGAGAAACGGACGCUGAGCAACUUCUCGAAGUUCUGCCCCAAUCAUUUCCACGUCUUGAAACACUCAUCUGGGAUUGGAAUGUCGUUGAUCCAGAGUUGAACUUCGAUGAACGGACCAAGAAAGUUCUUGAUCAGCUUCUCUUUGUCAAUAAGCAAUUGAAUCUAGGAUCUCUUGCCGUCGUUGCAUAUACACCAAAUCCAGAAACUAAAACCGCAAUCGAAUCAGUUGCGAGGACACUGAAAGGAAGUAUUAAAGAUGUUCAACUGCACCAGUUUGCUACAAAAGGAUUAUCUGAUGGAAUGGCCAAUUUCUCACUUAUUGUUGCUGGAAAUAAUGAAAAAGCGAUGAAAGAACUCAUGGAUAUGUAUAUGGUAGAUCGAUCUACUAUGCCUCCAAUGGGAAAAUUGCUCCGACUUUGCGAGGAAGAUAUUGUUCCCAUCUAUCCAGCAAUUACGAUGGAUUUUGGAGGAUUCAAUAAAAACCGUAUUCGUCAGCUGUACACAGAAAGCCCCACUGACUGAACAUAUUUCCUCUUUUUUGAAUUGUUCAACUUGUUUUUGUUACCGUUUCCCUGUUGUUUCUAAUAAAUUGAGUUGUUUU